AUGUCGCCCUACGUAAUGGAAGUCCUCUUUGCUCUAAACCAGACUCUCCUGCAGCACGAGAGCCUCCGAGCAGGCAGUCUGCAGGCCCCCUACACCACCGAGGAUCUGAUCAAACACUACAAUUGCGGGGACUUGAACGCUGUCAUCUUCAAUCACGACACAUCACAACUGCCUAACUUUAUCAACACAACGCUCCCGCCACAUGAGCAGGUGACCGCUCAGGAGAUAGACAGCUAUUUCCGCCAGGAGUUAAUCUACAAGAGAAACGAAAGGAUGGGCAAAAGGGUGAACGCACUUCUGCAGGCAAAUCCGGACAAAAGCUUUUUCUUUGCAUUUGGAGCAGGUCAUUUCCUUGGCAACAACACAGUGAUUGAUGUCUUGAGGCAAGCGGGUUAUGAAGUUGAGCACACGCCCGCAGGACAGCCAAUUAAGCAGACAAGGACACAGAAAAGUGGCUCGGCUUCAGGCAGCUCGUCUCCAUGGUUGACCUCAGCGGGUUCGGUAACGGUGGAUGCCAUGUUUCUGCCCUCACGGUCUUCCUCCACGGCCGACUCAGAUGAGGACCUCAUCUCCCCGCACCUCCUGAUGCCCGACAGCCUCAGCCAGCUGGAAGAGUUUGGGCGGCAGAAAAAGAGGCACAAGAAACUUCCCAAGCGGAGACGGCAGUUCAGUGACCUGUGGGUCCGCAUCGAAGAGAGCACAACAGUCCUGCCAUCCAACAUCCGCAUCAUCAAUGGCUACAUCACUGUGGAACCCACCGUGGAGCCUGCUCAUCGCAAGGAACACUGGCCAGUGAUCCCCUCCGCCACGGGCAUCACCAGCCCCCCAGCGACUGCCCUCCUGUAUGGGCUGGCCUUCCUAAUCCGGAUUCUACUGCUGGCCUCCUGACCCCACGGCACAUCUACCCCCCUCCCUCCCUCCCCAUCCCCGCAAAAAAAAUAUCUUUUUAAAACACAAACCUCAAGGAAUUGAUGAUAUUCACUGUCAAGAGCUUCAGGUAACUCUCCCGGUCUCGGCUCAGAAGCCAGGUUGUACUGGAGCCUGUUUGUCGUGGGACAAGACAGAGUGAGCCUUUGUGGGAAUGAAGCUGAGAGUGUGAAGCUUGGAAAACCCCGGAUGGUGGACUUAAAAUCUUCUAUUUGUAGAAGGAUCAAUUAUUCCCAUGGUGCUAUGGGGCAUUGUAAAUUUACGUCUGAAAGUAUAUUUGUUCAUAUGAAUAAUGUAUAUUUAUUCCCCCCAUUAAAGUUACUUUUCUGUUGUUGUGUACACCGUUGUGGGUGUUGACGUGUGGCUGUGUUGGAAGUGAAGCGUCUCAGGCCAUUCCAAGGAGCUGGCGUUGCCCUCGGGAAAGGUCAGGCACUGCCUCUCGUUACCGCUUGAGCAAAAAUCCAAACAGAACUCAACAAAUGGCCUUGGGUUGAAUUGUUCGGUGUAGCUUGCUGUGGUUGAUUUGUGCUUUAGUUCUGAAAGCUCCUUUGAUUCCUGACUCAGGCAAAGUGGCACCAUCGCCUCUGGGUAAGAAGUUUGCGGGCUCAAGCCUUGCACCAGGACUUUGAGCUCACAGUCCAGCCUGACAUCAGUGCAAUGCUGGGGGGAGACCGUGCAUUGUGGGAGGUGCCGUCCUUCAGGUGAGACGAUAGUCUAAAGUCUCAUUUGAUUGCUCAGGUGGACAUUAAAGAGCCUUUGGCACUAUCCGAAAAGAGACGGGAUUUUAUCCCAGUGUCCUCCAGAUAAAAUUGGUCAUUCACUUCAUGGCUGUUUGCAAGACAUUGGCUGCCAUGUUUCUUUACAAGUACCAAUCCCAUCCUUUCAUAAAAAACAACACAUGCUAGUUUCCAACAGAGAGUUCUCCCACACCCAAAUCAUGAUUGUAGCCCAUCUUAAUCUGACCAAGAGCAACCCCACACUAUUUCCAUGUGUUGUCUCAGUAAAUGUAGUUUUUGAUUAAUUUUUAUUACACAUGUUACUUUCUUACCUCCGCAGGCUGUAUCUGACCUUCUGUUCCUGUUGUAAUAGGCUUCAACAGAUCAUGUGGAAUAUCAGCUUUGUGUUACACAAUCUUAAAUGUUAAUAUUUAGAAUAAUCCUUGCAUUUGAUACAGUGCCUUAUCAUGUCAUUGAGCCGUCUCAAAGCGCUUCACAGAAUAGAUUGUAAAGUGGAGUGACUGUGUAUUUUGUCACAAUGGAAUAACUACACUGAGAUUUCAAAUCCCAGUUGACAAUUGGAAGGAAACGUGGCUUUGUCACACUCACUGCCGAGACUCACACUGAAUAAAGACAAUUUGGGUAAAACUCUUGGGCAUUCAUUCCUCACUGCGUGGUUCUGUGGAUUAUAUCUGCGGCUGUAAAAACACCCUGCACAUUCCACGGGAACCCGCUCGCCUUGUCUCUCUUUCUGAGACUUUCCUUUUUUUAAAUAAACAUUCUUGAACAACAAAUCUAUCUGAUAACCAGCCUCCUUUGACAUCCACUGCCACCAUCACAAUUCAUAAUUUACUUAUAAUCGCAGAAAAUCUUUCAGUGAGACACUCACCCCCCACAUCGUCAAUACCCC